AUGGACAAGGCGACGCAUCGCGGAAGGGCGUACCGAUGUAGACAUUGUCACAAGAAGGGAAAAACCGAGAUUAAUACCAAGCAAAGGUUGGAAGAUCACAUCUUCAAAUAUCACGUGUCGAAUGACGAACAACCUUACUGGUGUAGGCUAUGUCUUUUCCGCAGUAGAACUAGAGAAGGGCUUUUCCAGCAUGUGAAUACUUACGCGAGGCAUCGCAACGUCAUGAUUGAGAAGGGUAUCAAGCACUCUAGACCCUUUCUUGUCUGCUCCCUUAACCCUUAUGUAAUUUCGGAUAAGGACCUUGAACUGUUGACGAAAGAAGAAAGUAGGGCAUGGUGGGAGAAGAAAGAAACACCGAAAGAAGAGACAAACAUUAUAAAAAAGGCAAUGGAGGAGGCGGAUAUUGUGUUUGGGAUGGAAAGCCCAAAGCUCCCCUUCUACUUAGGUGAGGAAGAGGAAACAGAGAUGGCUGUUGAAAGUAUUCAAGAUAGUGAGAAUGAUGUAAAAGAUAGAGAAGAUGAGAAAGUUAUUGGUGAAGUGAAGUUUGAUGAGAUAGGUGUAUUGGAUUUGACUGUAGGUAAAGAGAGGGAAAGUAAGAUAGUCGAGGAAAAGAUAUACGUAGAGGAGUCGCCACUAGACCUGAGAAUAGUAAGAAGGAGGGAGGAUCGCGCAGAGGAAAAGAAGAAGUUUGAAGAGUGGAAUGAAGAGGAAGAGAAUGUAAAUGAGGUAGAAGAAAGUGAAGCAUUUGAAGGAGGAAACAGAAAGGAAGAAGAUAUAAGGGAUGAUAAAAAUGUUAAAAGGAAUGAAAUUCAGGAAAUUAAGAAAGUGGAGUUGAAGUCAGAAGGUAGGUCGCGGGCGAAGAGAAGAGUGAGACGUUCAUUGAAGCGAAGCCGAUCAUCAUCAUCAUCUUCUAGCUCUGACUCCAGUUCAGAUGCUAGCAGUUCCGAGGCUAGCGAAACUGAUGAACGUGAGAGGAAAUUUUGUAAGAUAAUGUGCAAUUUAGUGAAAGAAACAGGUAACAUCAUAGGAGGGCAGAUUAUUUCGAAUGCAGAGAUGAUCAACAAAUUGCAAAGGACUGUAGACGAGUUAAGGAAAGAAGUAGCAGAACUGAAAAAAGAUAAAGGAGUUGAAAGGAAAGGAGGCGAAAGUGAUAGAAAUGAAGAAAAGGGUAUAGUAAGACAAGAGAAUGAUAAGAGAAAGCCAAGGGAAACUGAACAAAAGGAGAAUAGAUUGGAUUGUAAGUUUGUAGAGGGAGAAGAGAGAGGUUAUCGUGGGGAACGAGUUUUAGCAGACCGGGGAUUGGACAGGAGAGACAGAAGAUAUGAUAAUCAUAGGGUGGAAAGUUGGAGGAGAAAUGACUGGAACAGAGGUUAUAGGUACUAA